AUGGGUGCUGAUAAUGGGGGUGAUGGUAGUGGUAAUGGGGGUAGGGCUGAUGGAUGGUUUGAGAGCAGAAGAAGGCUCUACUGUAACAAGGCUGUGAAUGGAGGUUCAACUGAAACUAGUAGAGUCAAUGGUGGUGUGAAUGAGUCUUCUGGUGGUUGUGGGGCUGGUGGUCUGGGUGUGAAUGGGUCUUCCUGUAGUGGUGGUAGCGAGGCUGUUGGUGUGAAGGGGAGUUGUAGUGGGGCUAUCCAUAGAGUGAAGGCUGGUGCUGGUGGGCGAGGAGUGGUAGCAAUGGGGGAGCUAAUGGGGGUAGGCGUAAUCAUAGUAGUAAUGGUAACAUGGGUGCUGAUAAUGGGGGUGAUGGAGAUGUAUCGUGUCAUUCGAACUUGCAGCAGAAGAUGGCUCUACUGUAACAAAGCUGUGAAUGGAGGUUCAACUGAAACUAGUAGAGUCAAUGGUGGUGUGAAUGAGUCUUCUGGUGGUUGUGGGGCUGGUGGUCUGGGUGUGAAUGGGUCUUCCUGUAGUGGUAGCGAGGCUGUUGGUGUGAAGGGGAGUUCUAGUGAGGCUAUCCAUAGAGUGAAGGCUGGUGCUGGUGGGCGAGGAGUGGUAGCAAUGGGGAGCUAA